CUUUAAGCAGUUUUUAUCACGCGGGAACAAGCACCUCAGUUUCCGUUGCAGUAAGUUUAUGUGACCAUGGCGAAAUUCAGGUUCCCAGGCAAAGCUCUUAAGUUAAACACAAGAAAGAGGGUACGAUUUCGAGGAAGUUAUGCAGCUAACACACCCGAGGAGCUAUACACACGAAGAAUACGAAGAGGCCUGGAUCUGUUCACCCAAAUAUUCGGCGAUUCAGAUGAGGAUGAAGAUGGUUUUGAGGGUUUUUUAUCGAGUUGCCCCGAGCCAAGGGAGGUCAGAACAACAGAAACAAAUACUCCAGAACUGCCAAGGCGUAGGGGAGGGAAGAGGGCGGCACAAAAAGUGGAGGAGGCUUGUGCAGUUCUGGAGAAUGAGGGUUUAGUGACUCGAAGGAGGACGAGUGUUGUGGAAAUGGCAGUGAAGGAAAUUAGAGUGAGUGCAGAAAAAAAGAAAGACUUACCAGUGAGUGGAGGAAGAACAGACAAAGAGGCAGAGCAAGCGGAACCUGUGAGUGAUAUCCAAACAGUGAGUGAAGCUCCGCCCUCAUCCUCAUCCUCAUCCAUAGAAAGUGAUCAGUGUGUAGAGGGAACAAAGACCAUGGUGGUUGCCACCAUGAGCCAUUUGAGUAGAAAACAGACCAAUCAUAGAAUAAGUAGACCACCCACAGUUAAAACUGCUUUAGCAAAGAAAUUAUUAGCAAAGGCGAAGAAGAAAGCGCCGUCCCUCCCGGUGGUUGGAGAAAAAAGUCCAAAACGGUUUAUACUGCCAACAAUGAGUGUGAGGUCAUCGAGAAUUAUCAAACCAAACAAAAGAUUAUUUGCAGACAUUACGGAAAUGUGUUCCACUAGCAGUUCACUCAUGGCCGACGGGAGUCCUGAAGCAGGCGAGGAUAGUAUAAGUGUUCCAAGUAAGAGACUUGUUAAGCUGACUCGCAAAGGUCGUGGUUCUCACACACAGUUCCUGUCUCUACCUCGCUCACGUGCACAGGGCAAGAACUCUUUAUCUGGGACGGAAGGUGUGGGGCGUGAUCGUAUGAGACGAACUAUUUCCCGUUACACGGAGUCCAUAACGGGGCCCUGUAAAGGACAGGUUGGGAGGCCUCCGAAGCGUUUGUUGCGUCGCUUUGAAGCUCCUCUUCAGGAAGAUGAGGCAGAACUUCCUGACUCUCCACAGAGGUGUGACCCUAAAGAGUCCAGAGUUAAAGAGAAAAUAGAAAAGCUAUUGCGUUCUCCAUGGGAUGACAGACUAAAGCAAACUGGAAAGGGAGGGAAGAUGGAGGGUGAUGAAUUGAUGCCAGCUCCCGCCACCAGUACCUCUCCCGCCCUCUCAGCAUCUGCCAUCUCCCGCAACAUCCUCAGAAAGGCGCGCCUCAACCUUAACAAAACGACCCUCCAAAAAAUUCGCAAUCCAGUAUCCCUCCAGAGACUUAUUCCGUUGUGUGAUGAGGGGAGUGUGGAGGGGAAGUGUACCAUCUGUGAUAUAGCUGGUGGAAACUCGCGAAAGUUUGGUAUCGUGUUUUGUGGGGUCUGCAGCGACUUCCUUGGCAAUUCCAGUGAUGGUCCGAGAGAAAUUUUUGAGUGUGAGGGGAGCAAAGGGGAAUGUCAGAUACAAGGCCUAGUGGAAGAAGAUCGUUGCCCUGCUUGUUGGAUGUCCAGAAUACUCCUCUCGUGUUCCAUGCCUAACCUUCUUCACGAUCGUCUCCGUAAACGCUUACCGCCCAUGCUGAAGGAGCAAAUACCAACUAGCUUAGCUCGAUGUAUGAACAUUGGGGGUUUACCGGCCAUCUCGGAGAAGGACGCAGAAUUGGCAAGUCACACUAAGAGGUUACCUUUAGAUCCUGGAGGGGGAGGGGCAUUUGGAUCAGUCAUGGAUUUACCCGGUGGAUGGCGACGCAAAACGGGGCCGGAAGUGAUCGUUAUUAGUCCUAGUGGAGAAAAAUUCAAGAGUGUACAAAAACUGGAAGAGUUUCUGAAAAAGCAAGGCAUAAGCACUGAUGCACGUGUUCUCUUUGGUAAUAACAGUCCAGCGGUAGGUCGAAGCACUGAGGUAAAGUCUCGACCAUCUGGCCAGACAAACAGCAGUGGACGAGGGAAAGUUGUAAUGACGAUGUUGCCUGGAGGGUGGACCCGUAGAAUAAAGUGGAGGUCGGCCGGCGAUCGUUUUGAUACUUACGUGUAUAGCCCGGAUGGCAGAACUUUCCGAUCGAGAAGAGAGCUCAGUGCUUACUUUCAUCUCAUUGGAAAAGUUGAUGAUAUCCACAAGUAUUUUCCUGUAGUGACCGGUAAUUCUGACGCUUCAAUACCCAGCUCUAGUGACACCCCAGGCUCCUCCAGCACUGAACCGGUGUCAAGUUCAGAGCCUUGUUCAGAAGUCAGCUCUGAUGAUAAGUCUCCAGAUGUGUCAGAGAGUGAGACUGAUAUACCUAAACCCAAAAGUAAAAAGUCUGAUGCCAAAAAUGAAAUGCCCAGGUUGACUCACAUCAAACAACUUAAAUUAAAGAACCACAAAGAUCAGGGGCCAUCCAGAAGUAAAUCCAUGAGUAAGUUGAAGGCCACAGACAACAGUGAGGAGGAACCUGCAGGCCAGGCGAGCUCAACUGACGUAACAACCGAAGGCAAAAGUGUGGAACGAAAACACAAAAAGACGAAGGUGAUCAUGAGAAGCAGGUCUCUGUCAGUUGGUAGAAAGACAAAGAAAGGCGAUGCAAGUUUCACAGACACAACAGAGAGUGAAUCAGAGCAAAGAAAAUCAGCAUCUAGUACAAUGUUUACCAAGGCUUUCUCUAGAAGUAGGUCGAAGAGCAAAGCUAAAACGAUAGAUAGUCCGUCACCAGUAACCGAGGACAAGUUAAAAGCAGAAACUCCUGUCGAGGACUUUAAAGAUUUUGGUGUUGCAGAACCCGAUGCCGUCGUGGAAAAGGCUGAGGUAACGAAAAAGCCCCCGGGCAGAAAGCGUAAAAAGACAACAGAGGAGGAACCUGUAUUGACAAAGCCAGAAGUUGAAGUGAGUGACAAAAAAACAGAUCCUAAAAUAGUUUUAAAAAUACCCAAGAAGGCAAUCAAACCUGUAAGUAAAAAGCAUAGACAUAAGCAUAAAAUUGUUGCAAAUGUGUCGACUGUAGUUGUAAGUGACAAAGUGGCGGCGGUGCAGCAGCAGACGGCUAAAGAUGUCACGGCGACUACGCAAGAUACAAAUCCAGGAGUGUUGAUGCACGUACCUAGCACAAAUAAACCAGUGAACGAGGCUCAGGGUAAACUGUUUUGUCCGGGCCAGGUGGAGGAUGUCGAUGAUGCGGAGUCGGAUGCAUUGGUUGACAUGUCCAUUGAUUCCAAAGUAUCGUCACCUAAUGCAUCCGAGGGGGAAGUGGUGCCUGAUGCUAUAUUAGUACCUGAAAUCAAACCCAAAUCCAAGCCCAAAAAGCUUUCAAGGUAUCAGACAUGUCGUUUUGGUAGCGGUUGGUCCAGAAAAAUAAGAUGGAAUGACAAGGGAGAGGGUAAAGUGGCUCUCUUGCACAGUCCCGACAGUCAGACGUUUAGGUCUCGGAUAGAGUUGCUCGCUUACUUCAAGAAAGCCGGCAAAACGAAAGUAGACCUUGACUUUUACUUUCCACCAGUCCUCAAGAGAGACCAGGUCACCACGUCUUCAGAAACCGAUAAAGUUAGUAAAUUCCCCAUGACGGAGAGACUAACGCCGGCGGUCGUUAUCUCCACCUCGGCUCAAUCAUCCGAGGCUAGUGAAUAUUCAGACAGUGAAGCUCUUGUUAAGACAUCCGAAGACUCGUGUGCUUCUGGUGAGGAAUCUAAAAGGACGAGAACAACCAAAGGGAUCAAGUAUUUUCUGAAGAGUGGAGGGCAGCCCGUUCUUAAGGGUAUCCCGGAGAACAUCACCGAAGAAAUCAUCACCCUUCCAAACCCGGCCUUUAAGAGUUCCGGACCAGUUCAACCUCUCUCUGAUGAUACGAGGAAGCACAUACCUCAGCUCGGCAAGAUUGGGAGGAAGAUAAUUGUCGUUACCACCCAAGAAGCAAAAUCCUCGGUGAAAUCAGAAACCGAGGAUGGCGAAGAGACCACCAAUGAGGCUGGUGGCCCGCGGGUCAAGCAUGUGUGUCGUAGUCAAGCUCAGGUUUUAGGUAUUCCCCGCGCUGUAUUUCCAUCACCAAGGAAGGAGGAUGAGCGGUUAGUGGUCACUGCCAGUGCCCCCGUCACGAAAGGAAAUCAGAAGCGUAAAAUUGUCACAGUGACCACAACAGCAAGUGGCAAGGCGGACCGUAAAGAUGAGAAAUUGCACCGGCCCAAAUUGACUUUUCAUGCAUUUAGUGAGCAGACAAGUGUGUUGCGGAAGACUCAGUGGUGUAAUAAGUGUCCGGGAUGCACUACUCCUAACUGCCUCAAGUGUGUCAACUGUUUGGAUAUGAAGAAAUACGGAGGACCUGGGACGAAGAAGAAGCCGUGCGUCAUGAGGAAGUGCCACAACCCAAGGCUCUCGGUGAAGUCUGCCAUUAGUCAGGAGGGUACCAGUUCAAAAUUGCCACCUCAAGUUACCCCGACAGCAGCUCCAUCUCCGACCACGAUCAAAGAGACGCGCAAGGGUCCAAUCGUCAUUGUGAAAGUACAAGAGGAAAAAACCGAUAUACCGUUGGUGUCAAAUGAUACUAUCGCAAAAUCACUUAUGCAGGAGAAGGGCGUAUUUGUGCCGAGACAAAUGACUCGUACCCAACCUGACCAGAAGGAUCGUGGGGACAUUGCCGCAGGUAAACAGUUUGUGCCAGGAGCGUUGGUUAACAUCGACUACUGGCAGGGUUACGAUGCUGACGAGAUGAUGCUUACAGGCUACCCGGUGACCACAGCUUCCUCCUUACACCCACAAAUUCUGUGUUUCCGCUGUGGCUCUGUGGGAAAGGAACAGCUGCUGUACUGUGCAUGGUGUUGUGAGGGCAUCCAUCCCUACUGCUUGGAAGAUGGCGAGGGCCCGGAGUCGGAGGCGGAGGAAGUGUUCUGGAUAUGCCGGAGGUGUGCGGUGUGUCAGGUUUGUGGUGCACCGGGAGCGGACUCUCUCCUGAGAUGUUCCGACUGCCGCAACUAUUACCACUUGGAGUGCCUUGGACCAUCAGCCCACAACACCUGCCAGCCCACACCAGACCGUCCAUGGAAAUGUGUGACCUGUACACGUUGCACAAGUUGUGGCAGUCCCAAUGUGGCUCAAUGGCAGAAAGUUCCAAACCGGAUGAAACCAUUGGAGGUGACCAUGGGGGAGGAGUCUCUCACUAUGGACCUAACUUUUUGUGCUCGAUGUGUUACUCUCAGGGAACGGGGCAACUACUGUCCUCUGUGUAAUGGCUGCUAUGAAGAUGAUGAUUAUGAUGCAAAGAUGAUGGAGUGUGGACGCUGUGGGGAGUGGAUACAUGCUCACUGUGAGGGCCUCAACAAUGAACGCUACCAGAUUCUUAGCUUCUUGCCAGACACAGUGGAGUAUGUUUGCCGGAACUGUGUGAUGGACGCUUCAUCUAGCUGGUUGGAUGCAGUUGGGAGUGAAUUGUUGGCUGGCUGUGAGGCAGUCCUACAGGCUCUUCUUGCUAGCAGAUGUGCAAAGCAUCUGGUUAAGAGAGAAGCUUUCAAAGUGUCUUCCUCAGGAGGUGUGACCCCUGUACCUUCUCUGCCUGCUAUUGGGACCUCUUUACUGGAAAGAAAUGAGGAGGCACAUCUGGAAAAGAUGGAAGAUGGUGACAAUCUGGCGUUCAUUGCUAGUACCAACACUGUUGUGCCAGUGGAACCUCACAGUGCAUUAUCUUCAGAAUGUUAUCCAUCUAGGGAGCUCCUCUACUCAGGAACAUGUGGGACUGUUGGCACUGAUACAGAUGCCAACUUUCCUAUAUCAGAGGUUAAGGGUGUCAUAGGCUCUAGUGGUAUUAAUCAGGUGAAGAGUUCAGUUGACAGAGUGAAUGUUGACUCAACCCAGACCUUGUAUAAACCUACCAGGGAUACGUCAGAAAAAGGCAAACCCUUGGCAUUUUCUUUGUGUUCUGUGAAAGUAGAUGUAAAAGACAGUCCUCAGGAAGAAGCAGUUGUAUUGAACAAUCCAGCUGCUGAGCCCAUGUUGUGCCCAGAUUACAGUGAACUUGAAAAUGUGGCAGCUAAUAGUAAUACAGGUAAAAGUUGUUGUAUAGCAGGUGCAAAAGACAAGAUUGAUCUCAAAGGAAAACCUGGAAAAGAUAAGUGUGAAGAAGAGGUCCUACUACUUCCUCGAAGACAAACCCGCUCUUGUUCGGCAGGUGUAGCCCUCACCUCUGCUGCCUCCAGUAGUGCUUCCACUGACCCCAUAAAGUUGAAGGAAUGCUCCGUGCGUUUAGAGGAUAUAUGCAAGUCAAAAUCUCCCUCCUCAUCUCCAAUCAAAACUCAACCAAGUGAACAAGAUUCUACACUGAAAACAGAAAUUGCAACAUGUAAAGAAAUUGAACCAUUUAAAUCUCAGGAAGAAGAAGCCAGUACAAAGUUGACAUGUAGCAAGGCAUUAGAGUGUUUGGAGACACUGGAAGAUAAGGAAGUGGAGGGAGUGACAAGAGAGGUACUGCAGGGUAUAAUUUUAAAAGACACAGAUGUAUCUUGCACACAAGUGGAUGGCCCAAAUGAUGAAACUACAGCAACUGCUCGGGUUAUAAGAAAUCUUUUCUUUGAGGAUCGCAAUCAAAUGGUGUUGGAUACCACCAGUCUUCUUGAAAGUAAAAAUGAAAAUAUUGAAGAGAAGAACCUUGCUCAAGUGGAGGCUCAACUGAUUAGUCCAAAAGAUAAGAUAACGAAAGAUAUUGAUGAUGAUUGUGUCAGCAGUGAGGAAAGUUCCUUUUGUGAUACAGACACAGAGAUUGAGAGUAUCCAGGAUGACCCGGAAGAACCAAGAGAUUUACUCUCUGUAAAAGAGAAACUGAAGGAGCGGAAAUAUGAUUCGGUGCUGCAAUUUCACGUCGACAUGGCGAGAGUCAUAGAAAAUGGCAGGCAUCUCAAUCGCAGCCAGUCUCGUAAUGUCCAAGCAACUUACACGAAGCACAUGAAAGAAUGUUUCCCGUGGUUUGAUGUGAAAACUGCAAAUGUAUUUGAGUUGGUAGAUAAGCAGAGACCAUUCCCAAUACCACAUUUGGAUCAUAAUUACAUAUUCCGCACCAUGAUGGCUGGCAAUCGUCACUUCACUAUGCGUGAUGCUCCCAUAUUCAGGAAGCGAUCCGCAAGCCCACUGAAAGGCACCCUUCUGUCUCCUCCGGACCGCCGGAAAUGUGUUCUGUGUGGGAGAGAGAGCGACGAUGACCCUAAUUCUGCCGGUAGACUACUCUACCUCGGACAGGACGAGUGGCUUCACGUAAACUGUGGACUCUGGUCAUCAGAAGUGUACGAAGAGGUGGACGGAGGCUUACAGAAUGUGUAUCUGGCAGUGAGCCGCGGUCGCCUCAUCAAGUGUUCGGCUUGUCUGGAGCGGGGUGCAACAGUAGGUUGCUGCCAUAAAACUUGUCAGGCAACCUACCAUUUCCUCUGUGCAAGACGGAGUUGUUGCCAGUUCAUGGAAGAUAAGCGGAUCUUCUGUCCUCAGCACGAGAGCACCUCCAAUGGGGAAGAGAAAUCAGAUGAUUUUAAAGUUAGUCGGUGUGUUUAUGUAGACAUGGAUUCUGAAAAGAAAAAAUGGAAACAAGUUCCUGGUAACCGGGUAAGCAUUACCAUAGGUUCUCUAACUAUUAAGAAUCUUGGUAGAAUCAUCCCAGAAUCGGAUAGUGCCGAGGCUCUUAUUCCCGUGGACUUUACUUGUAGUCGUAUGUACUGGAGCACCAUCGACCCUUCUCGUAGGGUCGCGUACACCUGCCGAACUAGGAGAGUGGUACCGACCCUGGAAGAUGCUUCGCUUGUGGGAGAUGUAGCUUUUCACAAAACCAUCGACCAUUCAUUAGGGGAGGAAACUGUUCACGAGGAGAUGGCAGCUGUCAAAAAGUGGUUCAAACAACUCGAGGAACGAAAGGUGGAGAAGAAGUCACGUGAGACGAACAUCAUUCCUCCUCACCUUUGCCCUUUGUAUUGCAGCAUCAGAGAAAGAGAAGAGGAAACCAAAGUUGUAGACAAAGUGGUUCGUUGCCGAACUCCACCGGCCAUUGUAGAGUCAGAUGUUCGACAGUGUAUUGAGGACAUAAUUGACAAAGUUAGUCGAUCUGUGGAAGAAGAAAGUUUACUUUUGGACACAGACUUACCAGCUAUUGUUAGUGCUGAUGACAAUGAAUUGAUAUCCAUGGUGCUGAAUGAUCUUGAUGGAUGUGACCCUAUCACACUACAGUCUACCCCCUCAACCUCAGGCAGACCAAGCCCACUAGAUAUUGAAUUCCUGACCACCUGCGAUUCUAUAAUGGACUCAGGGAAAGUGACUCACUCAGGAAACAUGACUCAGGAGGCUCAGGAAACAGAUUGUGACCCACAAGUGAUAUUGGACACCUCCCUCCCACCUGAUAGUAACCCAACCCACGACUCCUACCAGGUGGAAUCCCUAAAUGCUGAUGUUAAAGAACCCAUAAUUGAGAUUGUAUCUCCUCCUACUACUCAAGAUCUUGGUCCUGUGCCUUCAAGUUCGGUGUCAUUGCCCAAUGCCAAUAAUGGUAUUACUCAGAGUUCAGCUGUAAAUGACAGCAACUGUAAUGUCACUAAUUCAGGUAAUAGCUGCAACACUUGUAGCAGUGAGAGCAAGAGUGAUAGCACAAGCAGUAGUAGUAGCAGUAGCAGUGAAAGUUCCAGUAGCAGUAACACAGCGAGAGAAAGUAGUAGCCCAGAACGAUGUUCUGAAGGCACCAUGAGUAACACCAGCAGUCCAGACACUAGUUCCAGAUUAAGCUCUGACAAUAAUGUCAGUAAUGAUUUAAACAAUGGCAGUACCGAUAGUAACAGUGGUAGUGAAACGUCGUUUCAGGGUACUGGCUGUGGUGCUAAAAGCCCAUGCACCUCUUCUUCAGGAAAAACUAGUUCCUCUUCAAAGCAGAUCUGUAGAGUUUUACCCAUGCCCUCCACAAACAGCAGGCGAUCCUCGUCAGCCAGUGAACACAGUGAUUCGGUUGGACAGACGGGAUCAAACCAAUCUCCCAUAACAUCCCAACAGUCGCCGAGAAAUUCAGACGAGAAUGAAGGAAGCAACAGCACUGGACGAGGAAACGAACGGAAGAAAAUUUGCAUGAAGAGGAACUACAAGACUGUUAUUAAGAAGUAUCCUCUUAGAAGUGGCAUGAGGAAGAGUAAACCUUAUGAAACUGUACAGAUCGAGAUUAAUGAGACCAUUGAGAUACCGGGAGGAGAAGGAUCUGGUGUGGUGCACAAGAGUUUGAAAAGAAAAUGGAGUGGAAUCCUGGACUCAGAAGAAGAUGAAGAGAACUGUCAGAAGGACCCAAAUGGUGAUCAAGAAGGGCAAGAUGAGUCUACAAAUCAUGGAAGCGAUGCAGAGAACUCGAAAGAAAAUUCCGUGUCCAAGAAAGUUUUGAAAUUCACCGACGACAACAAUGACAUAACCGUUAGUAUUGUCAACAACAACAACAACCUCUGUGAGUUUUCCAAGUCGCGGGGCCACAGAUACCGUCACAAGACCGUGCUGCAGUUGGAUGGUGCGGCCGAUGGCUCUUCUUCCAGUGCUGAAAUGAGUGAGAGCCAGGAUGAGGGAACGGGAGAAGAGAGGCAAAAGUCUCAGAAUCAGGAUGACCCUCAGACGCCACCUCUUCACUCGUCAUUAGCUAUGCGUAUUAAGGAGCAGAGUCUGGCCAGAAGCUCGCCAGGAGAGGAAGGUCCCUACAAGUGUUCCAAGUGCAAGAGACUUUAUAGGACGAAGGAGAGCUAUGAGAAACACAUUGAGACCUGCACUUUUGAGGUUGAUAGUUCAAGCACCUCAGAGGACGAUGAUGAUGAUUAUGAGGACAUCCAGUCUGAGGUAGAGGAGGAGGCAGAUGGUGACCUCAUGCAUCAUCGCUGUGAUAAGGUGCAACUAAAUCCAGAUGGCUCUGUUGUGUCCAUCAUUGACACCAGUGGGGACCUGUCAUCAGUGGCUCUACCUGACACUUCCUCUCCACAAAUCUCAAUUCAAGAAUCUACAACAAGUCAAGAACUUAAUAUGAUAGGAAAUCUUGUGUUCAGCAUAGAACAACAGAACAUGUCUGGCAACUUAGUUCAUCAAGCUCAUGAGCCCAAAACUACAACUUUUGCAGAAUUGUCAGGUAAUACAAGAAUGGGAGGUGAAGAACCUGCGGUAAAGAAGCAGAGAUUAGAUGCAACUUUACCCCGUCAGCCAGGCGUUCACAGACAGGUGAGGACGGCUAUCAAGAAGUGUGCAACUAGCAGUGAGGAUGUUGAACUACUACAAGUUGUGCGCGGUCCUCCCCCUCCCGGCACAGAUGUAUUUGUCCCUCCUCCGGUGUCUCCAGUAAAAUUUAGCCCCAUAGUGAAGAAAAGUGCUAGUCCAAGGCGUUAUACCAACAUCCGACUGUUGCGAGGAAGUCGUGGGUAUCAUUACCGCCGUGCAGCUCCACACAUGCCACCUCAAGAACACUACCAAGGUGCAAGUUCUGGCAUGGCAAUGGCACCUCCUGCUACUCCUGCUCCAAUUCAAGUCACUAUGCAUGCUAUGGCCAGUACUUCAGGCCAGAUAAUAACCCAGGGAGGGCCUGCUUCUUUUCAACAGUUUGCUGGGCAGUCAACUCAGUACCCAUCUACUGCCCAGCUGGCUUCUCCUGUUAGUCACUUGAGCCCUGCCCUACAGGUGGCACCCCAGGUCACCUCCCAAGUGGCACCUCAAGUGUCACCUCAGGUCAGUCCCCAGUUGUUGACCAUGGUGUCUGCUCCCUCUGUUGCCGUCCCACAAGGCUACACGCUGCAGUAUGUUGGGAGCUUCCGUGACGGUGAAAUGACUGCAGGCGGAGGAAGUCUAAUGACAUACCCGACAGCACCAGUGGUAGUGCCGCAGCCACAGUUAGUUAUGACCCCUCAGCAAAGCUCUAUGGUUGUACCACAAGUUGUUAACACCAAUAUAACCUACUCUUUUACUGCUCCAGAAACACUGGUCAUAAAUCAACCAACCAUGGUACCAGGAAUGCAGUCAGUUCAGUAUCUACCACAGCAGCAACAGCAGCAACAACAACAGGCACCAGUGAUGCACCACACAGAACAGCAAGUUAUGCAGUACAACCAGACAGGAUUAUCUCCUCAACACACACAAGUAACAGCUUCACACAUGCACACUGGGCAAGUACACACACCAUGUAUUCAGUUCUCAGACCUUCAAACUGGUCAGAUGUGCAUGCAGCAGCAGCAACAGCAGCAGCAGCAGCAGCAGCAGCAGCAGCAGCAGCAGCAGCAACAGCAACAGCAACAACAACAACAACAACAACAACAACAACACCAACAACAACACCACCACCACCAUCACCACCAUCACCACCAGUCACAUCUAUCUUUAGCUUCAAGAGAACUAACAUUUACUAGUAGUGGCUCGAAACAGUUUCACUCUCCACAGUGCAUGGUAAACUCCUCAAAUAGAGGGAGUAUGGACAUGUCAUCACUCACCAUGCCCAUUUCCUCUACCAUUGGUACCUGCUCCGUCCCAACUCCCCGUCAACGCCCCCAGGCUUCUGUAGCUCCCCAAGUAAUUCGACCACAGCCAGUACAUACUACCAUACCGGCAGAUACCGGUCUACUGGAUACUCCAGGGCAUUCUCGUUUGCCAUUUGCAGAUAGACCUUUAGUUGGUGGAGUAAGAACGGUAGCUACUGUGGCACCGGCAGUCAUCACCACCACUUCUGUGGUGUCACUCUCUACGUGCAGCUCAACAACUAAACUUACAUCAGUUGAAACCAGCCCCAAAAUAGCCACAGUAAGACCAAGACCUACUUACAGUUACCGCGAUGCAAUGAGAGACAAGCAAGGUGACAAACAGAAGAAGCGGCAAGAAAUUGUACAGAGUGACAAGGUGAAUGUUCCAGAGGGACAUGCAGACUUUAUGAAGGAACAGGAGAGACUGGACACUCUUGCUUCUGACUCAGAAACCGAUUCUGAAAAUGAUGCAGCUUGUCUAGAUGCUGAAGAGAAAGACGAUAGAUUGGAAACGCAGUCAUACAAACUCGUGUUACGCAAAGAUAAUUCCCUGAGUUCAGGAUUUAAUGUAUUACCAAUAUCAGGACCUACUGCUCCCUUACCUGCUCCAGAAGUUAAAGAAUUAAGAAUAAAGGCAAAAGUUUCAGUGGGCCCAAAGAGAAAAAAGGCUAAAAAUCAUGACCCAGAAAAAGAUCUUAUUAUUGUCAACAAGGACACUAACAGUGACCUGUUUGUGAAUGAGCAGAUACCUAAUUUAUCCAUAAACCCUAUGCAUAAUUCAUCAGAUGAUCCUGCAAUGUUUGAUAGGCCCAAGACUUGUAAUACUGAGCCGUAUAUUGUAUUUGAGUUGACAUCGGAGGACGGUUUCCGUGUGGAAUCCCGCCACAUAUCAGAGGUGUGGCAGAAGGUGUUUGAUGCUGUUGCUGCGGCAAGAGCAAGCAUGCGGGUUGACUCCAAGAUGCCAACCAAUUUGCAACAGACCGGGGGAGCAAUGUCGGGUCUUCACAUGCUAGGCCUGACUCACAAUGCUGUGCAAUAUCUUCUGGAACAACUGCCUGGAGCAAAGGACUGCCACAAGUACUCAUUCCAGUUCCAUCGAAGACCUCAGGAAGAAGGAGCAGUCGAAGAAAACCCGACUGGCUGUGCUCGUACAGAACCCUUCAAAACGCGCUCCCCGUACGAUAUCUUCAGCUGGCUGGCUUCAAAACAUAGACGUAUGCCAGAGCGUUCACUAGUACAACAGGAAGAGAUACAGCUCUCUACCACCAGACGUGCAACAAGUCUGGAGUUACCAAUGGCCAUGCGUUACCGACACUUACGAGAAACAGCCCGAGAAGCCGUGGGCGUCUUCAGGUCCAGUAUACAUGGCCGUGGACUGUUCUGCAAGCGUGACAUUGAUGCUGGUGAAAUGGUCAUUGAAUAUGCUGGUCAAGUUAUCCGCUCCAGUCUUUGUGAUAUGCGUGAGAAAGAUUAUGAGUCCAAAGGCAUUGGCUGUUAUAUGUUCCGCAUUGAUGAUGACACAGUGAUUGAUGCCACUAUGCAUGGCAAUGCUGCAAGAUUUAUCAAUCAUUCUUGUGAUCCUAAUUGUUAUUCCCGUGUAGUGGAUAUCUUGGGCAAGAAACAUAUCAUCAUAUUUGCCCUGCGGAGGAUCCUUUGUGGAGAGGAACUUACCUAUGACUACAAGUUUCCUAUCGAGGAGGACAAGAUCCCCUGCACGUGUGGCACCCGAAGAUGUCGCAAGUACCUCAACUGAAGCCCUCCAGGAAUGCAGCUGUCUCCCUCUCAGCCUUGUAAUCUCCGUAAUCAUUGCUAUCUGUCCUUGCUGCUAAAGGCUUACAUACUAAUCUGCAUCAAAGGUACCAAGAGCAAGAUUGAAACCCAGAUAAAAAUUAUUGAGGACUGAUUUGGGUCAAAGGAAGUUAUUUCAUGAUGGAUAUAUGUAUUGAAGAGAAUAUACCAGUGUCCAGAGUUAUUAUUGAGAUUUACUGUACUAAAAGGAUUUAGAUAUAAAAAAUCCCCCAUUUGUUAUAGCUUUCAGUAAAACUGAAUAGCAUCUCUGAUCUUGCUAUGAUCAAUUGUUUAUGUUUUCUCUGUGAGAAGUUCACUGUUAUCAUGGCAUUACCUGUUUGCACUGGAAGAAAGAUUGAUAUUCUCAAAAAUAUCCCUCAACUGAAGUAACUAAGAGUAUACUCUGUAUGGUGAUGUGAUGUGUUCCUCAACUGAAACUGCUUAGGCUAAGUUUGUCUACUGAAACCCUCCUGGAGGUGCCCCCCAGAGUCCUUGAAGUUCCUCAGCGAAUCCCUGGUGAAGGUUCCUCAAAUACCCUCCAGCGCCACGAUCAGUACUGCGGGUCAGCUGGAGACGGCAGCAACCCAAACACAUGCAUUAAGGUUUCCAGUUGCACUUGUUACAAUAAUCAUAAACUCCUUUUUGAUAUAAUCUGAUGUUGCCAUUGAUUUGUUUUAUAAUUUGUGAGUUAUUUGACAGCUGGUGAUGUAGAAUGUUACAAGGGAUGAGCUGUGCUGGGUAUGACCAUAAAUAGUGUUUGUUGUGUUUUAAUGAGUUUUUCUAAACUUCGAAACUAGCCUGACAUACCUCAUAUGAUCCCUUAUGUAUAGUAAGUAGAAAUCUCAACAUACUGGGGAUGUGUUUUUAUGUCUGACAGGAGCCAAUGAUGGAUGUUAGCUCAAGUUUUGCAAUACCUUUUGUGAGUAGGAAGUCUUCAUGUGGUGAAAAGGAAUCUUAACUUUUCUUGUUUUACCAGUGAUAACUUGGCAUGUUCUUAGGGGAUGCCCAUAUACCAUGGAAGGAAUUGUAGAGUUUGUUACAGUACAGGUAAUUAUUAUGGGAAAACUAGAGACCUCGGAGUGCAUUUGGCAUAAUCAUGCACUGAUUCCUAUAAUUUUAAGUAGAUGUGUAAUUAAUAUCACCUUUUGCAUUUUACUUUUGUGAUUCUUGACAAUUUUGUGACAAGGUCAGUGAUUUUGAGCCAUUGCACUUUUUUUAAAUAAAUGAUUUCCAGACAUGGAAAAAGCAUCCUCUUGGAACAGAAGGUUCUCGACAUGCAAGAGGAAACAAAAAAGUAACUGCACUUGAUGAGGUAUACAGGUUCCUUGGCAGAGCACCUGCAAGUACUGUACUUAGGUUUCUGGCUACAUACUGUACUGUAAUUGGAAUUCUGGCACAUUACCACUGGGCUUGUCACAUGCUUUGUAAUAUAACAGGAAGCAGUACAUUCACUAGAUUCAUCAUAAUUCAAACAAAACCUAAUAAUGGAAUUUUACAAAUUUUGUUACAAAAAACAUUUUCAUAGUCAGGGUAACAUUAAAACUUGUCGUGAAUUAUACUCUUAUUGUGAGUACAGUAUAUAGUGGAGUUCUGAAACAUAUCACCAAUUCUUCUGUGGAUCUGAAGAUGUAAAAGGAUGUGAUAUAUAUGUUAAUUGAUACUCUUUAUGAAUUCUGCAGUCACUGUAGUAUUUUGAGAUGCUACAUUGGCAUUCCUGCAGGAGGAAGCCUGAUGGACUUAGAUAUAUAUAGAUAGAUCUACUGAAUGUACAGGUUGUACUAUGUAUUGUUGACAGUUGUUUGUUCUAGUGCGAUCCUUCGUGAGGACUAAUUACCUUGCAGUUUGAGAAUUCCUAUCUUAGAAUGUGGGAAUAUAUGUCUCUCAUAGCUACAGUAUAUGUACACAGUCAUGGAUUAUCAAAAGUAUUAUGGUUAUUAAAUGUAAGAACCAUGUCCAGUUCUAUGGUGAGAACGAGUAUUCCUGGUCUCGUAGGGCAUUCAGGCUCCAGGGAAAUUGUGUGAAUUUGUUAAAGCACAUUAACAAAAGCAGGUUUUAACCACACUUAACUGCCAGCAUCUUGUAAUGGAAUUGGAUCUCAUGCUAUAUGGGGAAAGUCUUAACCACUACAUGGAAAACUGACCAAAUGGUGCUACUAGGUGGUUGAUUUAUUUUUUUCUCUGUUUAAGUGUUUUUGAAAAUAUUUCAGUAGAACUUUUCAGAAACUAUUGGGAGAAAAAUUUGGGGUUCUGAAAUUGUAGUGAGAAGUUGGGGGUGAACAUGAUGACAGUAGUAUAUAGUGGCAACCACUUCGUAGGGCAGUAUUUCUCACACAGUAAAGCUGGUGCUGUCGUUGCUGCCACAGUACACAUGCCACUUGGGCUAUGCAGUUGUCAUAGUUCAUGGGCCAGUAUUAGUGUCACAGUGCACUGAUUGUGAUGCUCUACUGUAGGAAAACCUGGCCUGCACAUAAUACUACUUGACUGUAGUUAUUGACUUUGCCCCCACGUCUGCUGGACACUAAACAGCUGCAAGUGAGCAAUAAAAAUUAAUAACAAUACCAUCUGUGUGCCUAAAUUUUGUGAUAGAUGGAUGGUCUUUUUAAAAGAUCACAUUUUUUCAGGGCUCAAGUAAACUAGUUCAAGGGGAUGUUAUAGAGUUAAAAAUAUGAUAUUUCUAAAUAUUUUGCUGUCAGUUUCUUAGUUUCAUAGACCAUAGCAGUGCUAUGUGUUCUUUUGAUAGAAAUUUCAUGCCACUCAUUUCACACACAACCAACGAUUAAACCAUAGAACCUACUACAACCAAUAUUGGUAACCUUGGUAACCAGGAUGCAAAUAUGGCAGUUUCACAGCAAAACUGGAUUCAUCUCUUUGUAAAUGUUAUUACCUGUACAUAUGUAUUUUGGCUUCACCUUUUCCAAAUGUGAAUGGAAUGCUUUUUGAAAGUGUUUUUGAUGUAAAGAGAAUAGAGUUUUUAUUUCAUAGAUGAAUUUUAUAUGACGUGUGCUAAAAUUUUGGAACCACCAACAGUAAUUUGUGCCAUCAAAAGUGAGUACAAAGUUAGCAUUUAGCUGUUCUUGUGACGGGUACGAAUAAAACAAUAUUCCUGAUUUGUACUCAAGAGUACUAAAACUCAAGUUUCAGAAACUACCUUGUGAAUGCCCUUUUUAAAAUAAACUUCAUAUUAUCCAUACCAGUCUUAUGAUUGGUUUCCAAGUAUUAUUAAAAUGAGCACUUGCUUAGGGCAUACUCAAGGUAAGGCCUGGAGGUUGGAUAUAAGGCACUAGUCACCCACAUGGCGUUUAGUGGCGUGUUUGGAUGGCAGGGAUGUGGGAACUGUUCAGAGCAAAGUUUAGUCCAUGUUAAUGUUAAAAUUGUUUGAAUAAUGAAAAAAUAAAAAAAUAAAAAUUGAUGCUCUCCUUGAUGUCAGAAUGUUACAAAUUUUGUCAUUAAUUGCAUCACAUGUGUUUGUGACAAUGACAGUUGAAAGUGUUUUAUAAUGCUUUAAUUGUGUGUGGUUUAUUUAUGAUGGAAGUUUUUAUUAGAUUUAUAUGAAUUUAUAUACAGUACACUUUAGUUCAAAGGAAUUAGUACACUUUAGUUCAAAGGAAUAAUAAAAUACGAUAAUUUAUUUUCACAUUUUUAACAUUUACUGUCACAUGAGGUAUUGUAUCAAAACUUUGGAAAAUGUAUGGAUAAAUCUUAAUCUUUGCUUUAAACAGCUUUCAAUUUAAUGCCAUAGAAAGCAGGCCAACUUGUUUGACACUUGUCCGAUCCACAGUUUGGUUUUUAAACCGUUCAAGGCACAACAUCAAUGACUUUUCCAUGCAUUAUUUUUUAUGAAACGGAUAAUUGGUUUAAAGAAUAAAAUUAUUAAACCUGAUAGAGUAAUAAACAUCCAGGUUUUUUCUGUCCAUUAGAUUAUAAAACCAGUCAAAUUGGAGUGUUAUCCAUCAAGUGUAUACAAAUGGUAUGGAAUUGUCACUGAUGCUAAAUUAACCAACAAAUUACAAACCUGAGUGUUGUUAUCAAUGUUAAUAAUCCCUACAGUUCAACAAAGCACAUGUGGUUGUUACAGCAAAUGAUGGGUAUCAUUCCAGUGUUCUGUAAGUGUUGCUUUUACUUAGAAUAUAAGUUACAUCCUUUUCAUUCCUUACCAAAGAGAUUUUUUUUUCUUUAAAUCAUGUUUAUAAAUACCAGGCACUUAGAUUUUACAUAUGUAGUUUUAUAAUCUGAGUUUUAUCCCUGUACACUUUGUUUCUCCGCUGAUUACUAAUGCACGUUUGUACCACAUUUGCACCACAGCUGUUCCACAAGUGUAGCCUACCACACCUGUAGCCUACCACUCCUGUACAAUAUUUGUAACACAUGCUAUAUCACAGCUCAUAGUUGGAAUCCCUCACAGUCUCAGUUCUAUGGGUAAGAGGAAGGUGAUGUUUACUGCUACCUGCAUCAGGGUGAGUUUGGCCAUUAAAAAAAAAAGAAAGAAAAAGAGACAAAAAAAAAAUAUAACUCGCCCUCAUGAUGAUUGGUGGUUUGUGUCAUCUUCCCCUGACCCAUACAGUUAGCUUCGGGCAGAGCAAGUGUUACCGGGUCACUAAAUAAAAUUUUCUUACUGCG